AUGGGCAGCACGACCCCCCUCCCCUACUGGCAAAUCAACAUCCCUUCCCAAGACCGCACCCCCCACUGCCCCCCCUACCUGCAAAACCUCUCUCCCAAAGACCUCUCCAUAAUCAGCACCCCAGACGCCUUCUACCUUCCCCUCUCCUGGCCCACCGUCCGCUCAAUCAGCGCCUCCAACCGCCUCGACGCCUUCCAACGGCUGCCAUCUGACCUGCGCCGCUAUCUAGCCUUCAUGUACACCCUGAAGCAAAAACACGGAUCCGUGAUGAAGUUUAUACUAGAAGAACGGCUGCAGUGGGGAGAAGGAGAGAGGGAGGCCAAGGGGAGAGGGCUGUUUGAGGAAGAGAGCGAUUGGAAGGUGUUGUGGAAUGAUUGGCCGUAUGGGAUUGAUGGGCGGAUUGUGCAUUUGGUUGUUUGGACUAAGUUUGCGUUGGUGGAGGGGCCGGAUGGGGAUUUGACGGCGGAGGCGAGGCGGGAGGUGGAAGAAUGGGUGGAGAAGGUGUUUGGGAGGAGGGUGGGAGGUGAGAAUGUGAUCUGGUUUAAGAACUGGAAAUCUUUGAAGAGUGUUCAUGCCGUGGAACACUUCCAUGUUAUGCUCUUUGAUCCUGACCCUGAGUUUGUGAAGGAGGUUACUAAUGGUGAUGUUCCUUUGUGCAAGAAACUGCUUACAGUAUGA